GGAGGCAAUGGACUGGAGAUGUUUUGGGAUGGGGCCCUUCUUCAGCAAAUUGGCAAAUGGAAUUUAAUUCCGACAGAGGUAAGUGAUACAUUUUGGAAGAUCAAAUAGUGGUAGACAUAUGCGUUAAAAAUAGAGAAUGAGAGAAUGGUGAUCAGAGGAAUCCAAGUCACAGAAGGAGGCAACACAUGUCAAUAGAAAAUGUGCACCAUGCUUGUCUUUAUAGAUCAAUGGAAAUAAUUUAAGAUUUGUUUUUUUUUUAAUGUUCUUAAGGUCACCAUCUGCCAUACCGUUACAGGAUCACAUCACUUCAGGUGAUCUUCCCUCCACAGCCUCCAGCCCUGCAGUGCCCAUUUCUAUAUCCUACCGGAUUCUCAACAGGACCUCUUAUAUGUCCUUUAUUUAUGCUUGCGUGAUUUCAAGCUUAAUAGCACCUUUCUAUUUGGUGACCAACACAUCACACACAACCUCCAAGAGUGUCUUGAAGUCUCUUGACCAAAUAAUCAUUCACCUCAAGGAAACUUACUGAAUAGUAAAAGGCUUGGAUAGAGGGGAGGUGGAGAGGAUGCUUCCAGUAGUGGGAGAGUCUGGGACUGGAGGUCAGGAUGGAAAUGUGGUGAAUUUGUGGAAUUCUUUGCCAUAGAAGGCUGUGAAGGACAAUUCAAUGGAUAUUUUUAAGGCAGAGAUAGAUAGAUCCUUGAUUAGAACGUGUGUCAGGGAUUAUGGGGAGAAGACAGGAGAAUGGGUUUAGGAGAGAGAGAGAUAGAUCUAUGAUUGAAUGGCGGAGCUGACUUGAUGGGCCAAAUGACCCUAUCUUAUCACUUAUGACUUUAAUGUAUAUUGUAACCAUUUGUGCUAAAUCAUUUUAAUAGAUUGUAAAACAAGAAUACUCCAAAGGUGUGCAAACCGACCUUUACUCGGGUGACAUCAGCUUUGCCACGUAUACUUUCAUUACCCAACCACUAAGGUUAGAUUGUACCACUAAAUCAGUGAUUAUCUAAUGACAAGGGAUUAUAUAAACUGUGUCCUUUGGCUGCGAGGUGUCCUUUUCAGACCGUAGGGAGUGAGGAGCAGGUUCACUGGUCCCUGAACACUGAGACUGGUGACAAUUCCACAUUGCUCGGGGUGUUGAUGCAUCCUGCUCUGAUUUGAUGUGAGCUGUGUUUGGUGACAUUGAUCGUGGACGUGCUACUCUGGGAGUUCUGGGAUGGCCAUCGCCCGGCAGAGGAUAGUCCACCUGUUGGUGGCCGGGCUGCUGCUAGUCACAGUCGGCCUGGUCUUACACUUUGUCACGCCGCUCAUUAUCCAGGACCAGGUUAUUAAGAACGUUCAAAUCAACCCACGCAAUGGUUUUGCCUAUUCCGUCUGGAAGGAUGUUCCUAUCCCUUUCUACAUGUCUGUAUAUUUCUUUCAUAUCGUGAAUCCAGACGCAAUUCUCCAGGGUGAGAAGCCUGUUGUUGAACAGCGAGGACCCUACGUUUACAGAGAAUACAGACCAAAGGGCAACAUUAGCUUUCAUGACAAUCACACAGUUUCCUACCGAGUGUUUCGACAAUUUCACUUUGUGCCAGAGCGUUCAACAGGCCCUGAGAGUGACCAGCUCGUUCUCCCCAACAUGCUUGCACUAGGCGUGUCCAUUAUAGCCGAGAAACUAACUCCACCCAUGAAACUAAUGUUCAACUUGAUCAUGAAGAAGUUUAAUCAAACUGCUUUCUUCAAAAGAACCAUAAAGGAGAUGAUGUGGGGAUAUGAAGACGAGCUGAUUAUCACCCUUAAAAAACUCUUCCCAAACCUCCUGCCGUUUACGGACAAGUUUGGUUUGUUUGCAGAUCUGAACAACACCGACACUGGAUUAUUCACGAUUUACACAGGAGUUGAUGAUAUCAGGAAAGUCCAAGGAAUCGACACGUGGAAUGGUGGUAAAAAGGUCAACUACUGGCACUCUGCCCAAUGCAACAUGAUAAACGGCACCUCGGGGGAAAUGUGGCCUCCAUUUUUGACUCCGUCAGACGCGCUGGAAUUUUACAGCCCAGAUGCCUGUAGGUCGGUGAAGUUAGUUUACCAGCAGUCAGGCCGGACCUACGGAUUACCGUCCUUCCGCUACGUUGCUCCGAAGACGAUGUUUGCAAACGGGACGGUGUACCCUCCCAACCAGGGCUUCUGUCCGUGCCGACAGUCGGGGGUUCUAAACGUCAGCACCUGCAGACAUAAUUCACAAGUCUUCAUCUCGCAUCCUCACUUCUACAACGGUGACCCUACGCUGUGGGAGGCUGUGGACGGAUUACACCCCAGUGAGAAAGACCACUCACUCUUCAUUGACAUCCACCCCUUGACGGGAGUCCCUCUGAAUGUCUCCAUCAAGUUACAACUAAAUCUGUUUCUAAAAUCUGCCAAAGGAAUAAACUUGCUGGGGAAGAUGAGGACCAUGCUGUUGCCUCUCAUGUGGUUCGAUGAAAGUGGGAAUAUCUCCGGUCCGAUCCUGGACAACUUCUACAUGUUCAUGGCGCUGAUCCCGCUCUUGCUGGAGAUCCUGCAGUACCUGCUCCUGGCGAUCGGUGCUUUACUGCUGACUGUGGCUGCCAUCCUUGCAUUCAUCUCCAUGCAACAGAAGAGAUCCAAGCGUGCACCCCAAGAGCCCACGUGUGAAGGCUAUGGAUUCUGGAAAGGAGAGAGGCUGAGGGAGCUGCCAGUGGGCCCAGACCUGGUUCUAGCUGCCAGUAAGGAAUGAGGACAGUUCUGGAAGUCAGCUCCCCGAUGUGCGUUCGUGAUUGAAGAUGAGCUGGUUGUGGAAGCUGAACGAGUGCUUGUGACCUGUUUCUGUGAUUCUCACACCUUGUGUAAAGCAUAUUGUCUGCUGUCGGUGUCAAUCUUUUCUGCUGCCUUCCAAGUCGAGAUCUGCAAUACGUUGCAGGCAGCUCUUGCUCUCCACAAUGGUCCCCAACACCUACCCCACCCCCCCGGUCCCUUCCCCCACCCCCUCCCC